AUGCUCUGUGGAAAUAAAGUGGAUGAACAGUGUGGACAGGACAGUUCUAUGACCUGGCAGAUGAAAUCAGAGGCAGAGAGAAUACGCCUUGUGAGGGGAAAAGAUAAGGGGAAACCGGCGUGGCAUUAUGUACUGCUGGUUGAUGACGAAGAAACGAUUGAGAAGCUCGAAGAAGCCCUUGGUGGCAAUUUGAAUGUGGCUGAUUACGGACAGCUACUGUACUCUGGCCAGGGAAAAGAUCCUCCAAAUGAAGUCGUAGAAGAGGUCCACAAGAAAUACAAGAUUGAUAGGGGCGUUUCGACAAUGGCAUCUGUGAAGUGUCUAGUAGCUGUGGAUGCUUUCCGAAACAAGCAUUCUGCCGGCGGUACGAGGACAGUUUUUAUACUCGGAUCAUUAGCCAGUUUGCCUUCCGCGGACGUGGUUUUCCGACGAUCCAUCACACUGAGCGACGAGGACAAGAACACGCUUUCUAAGGGCCUCGCCCUCCCGCCAGACCGCUGGACUGACCUCGACGUGAUCCUAACGAAAUACGCACAAGACGAAAAUGUAAGCAUUGGCCCACAAGAAUUAUUCACGCAAGAAAACGAGGUUUCUUGUGAGACUGUAUUGGCCAAGCUCAGAGAUUUCUUUAGCUCGUCUACCGAUAAAGACGGAGCCGUGAUCCACUAUUUUGGGAAUGGGAGGAAGUUUCGAGGUGACUGGUGUUUCAGUGAUGGCUACAUUACCUUCCAAGACCUGAUGGAUGUGUACAUGGAGACUUAUCGUGGACGUGUUCUCACUAUUGUCAGUGACUGCAGUCACUCGGGGAGCUGGGUGAAACAGUGCUAUGAGUUUUUUGAAGGACAAGGAAUUAUUCCAUGUGGGCAUCAUGCCGUUAAAAAGGGGAUUCUUUUAAAGGUUUUCACGUCAUGCCGACAAAAUGACACAGCAAGUGUGCUUAGGUUUUCAAUGCAAUGCAUAUUUGUUAAUAAAAACACGGGUGGAAAUAUCAACUACAACAUUCCAAAGAAAAUAGGAAAAAUGCAACAAUCCUCUGGAAAAGAUUUCACGACAAUGCUCUGUGGCAAGAAAGUGAACGAAGAAUGUGUAAGGGAUAGUUCUAUAUAUGACAUGGGAAAUGGAAAGCGAGAGUCACAGAAUUUACCUAGUAAAGGGUACUGAUAAAGGAAGGGAUGCAUGGUAUUAUGUACUGCUGUUUGAUGAUGAAGAGAAUAUUAGUAAUUUCAAGGAAGCUUUGCAGGAUAAAAUAAUAAACUUGGAGAAAUAUGGGAAAAUACUACAUUCUGGUUUUGGAAAGGAGCCCCCAAACGAAGUGACUGAAAAACUCCACAAGAAAUAUAACAUUAUAAAGUAGUUUGAAAAUAAUGUCUGUUGUUGUAAUAAUAAUUGCGC